AUGGGGAAGAUAGAUCUUACCGACCAGGCCAUUGAGCUCAAGAUAGCAGGUAAACAGAUGGAAUCUCAGGCGCGUCGCCUCGAGACUGAUGUUAAGAAUCUCCGCUUGGAGCUGCAAAGGGUGAUUGCAUCUAACAAUCGCGAACUCGCCAACACAAAGGCAAACCUCCUGGUUGCGAAGCAGAACCAGAUAAACCAGCUUUAUAAGCUCGCCGGUCAGAUGGAGAUCAUUGCCACCCAGCUGGAGAUAGGCGGCUUGAUGAUGGAGAAUGCGAAGGAAAUCAAAGGAUUGAAUAAAAAUGUGAAGAAGGCUCUGAACACAAUGGACACAAAAGCGCUUGCGAAGAUCAUGGACGAGUUUGCGAAGAGCGACAAGAACCUCUCCAUGAACACCGCCUUCAUGGGCCAGAUGAUGGGUGAGCAGACGAGCGCCACCAUGGACUCCCAGGUCGCCGCCAAGCUGAUCGCAGAGGUCGCACUGGAGCAAAAGCUCACGCUCCCCUCCUCGUUUGCAGACCUUGUGGAGCCCGCCGAGGCCCAGGUGGCCCAGAGCGUCGAGUAA